AUGUCACCUAACUCGGAUAGCCCUGUACAGACCCAGAUGGCCGUGGCAGUCUUCGGGAGUCCACUUGGAAGUGGAGAGUACCACGGACCCAAUAGGACGGAAGGGAAACCAGCCGGAAGGAGACGUGUUUUUGUACAGACUGAGACGGGCUGUGUGUUGGGGAUGGAAUUGGACCGGAGGGAUAAUGUACAUACCGUGAAGCGGAGGUUGGAGAUUGCCCUAAACUUUCCCAUUGAGGAGAGUUCUUUGACAUUUGGUGAUAUGGUGUUAAAGAAUGACCUCAGUGCCAUUCGGAAUGAUUCCCCUCUUCUUCUGACACGGAACUUGAUACAUAGAAGUUCAUCAACUCCCUGUCUGUCGCCCACUGGAAGUGACAUCCAACAGAGAGAUCAGAGUGCUUCAAUAGAAAUACUGGGGAACUCAACUCACUUUGCUAAGACGAAACAACUUGUUAAGGAAAUCUUAGCGGCAAUGAAGUAUGGGGUCGAUCCCAUUCCUGCACAUGGUGGGCUUGGAGGGGCAUAUUAUUUCAGAGAUAGCAGAGGGAAGAGUGUUGCCAUUGUAAAACCAACGGACGAAGAACCAUUUGCACCCAACAAUCCAAAAGGCUUUGUAGGCAAAGCUCUUGGGCAACCAGGCUUAAAGCGUUUUGUCAGGGUUGGGGAAACAGGGUUCAGAGAAGUGGCUGCUUAUCUUCUCGACUAUGAUCAUUUUGCUAAUGUACCACCCACUGCAUUGGUGAAGAUAACUCACUCAAUCUUCAAUGUCAACGAUGGUGUGAAUGGAAACAAACCUCAGAACAAGAAGCUUGUCAGCAAGAUUGCAUCCUUUCAACAAUUCAUCCCACAUGAUUUUGAUGCCAGUGAUCAUGGAACCUCAAGUUUCCCUGUUAAUGCUGUGCAUCGAAUUGGGAUAUUAGACGUUAGGAUUCUUAACACAGAUAGGCAUGCAGGUAAUCUUUUAGUUAGGAAGCUUGAUGAAGUGGGAAGGUUUGGUCAAGUAGAAAUUAUCCCGAUUGAUCAUGGCCUUUGCUUGCCUGAAAGUUUGGAGGAUCCAUAUUUUGAGUGGAUUCAUUGGCCUCAGGCUUCAAUCCCAUUUUCAGAUGAUGAGCUUGAAUAUAUAAAAAAUCUUGAUCCUGUACGAGAUUCAGAGAUGCUGCGAUGUGAGCUCCCGAUGAUUCGAGAGGCUUGUUUGCGUAUCUUGGUCCUUUGCACGAUUUUCCUCAAGGAAGCUGCUGCUUAUGGGCUUUGUCUUGCUGAGAUUGGUGAGAUGAUGAGUAGGGAGUUUCGCAGUGGUGAGGAGGAACCUAGUGAACUUGAGAUUAUAUGUAUCCAGGCAAGAACACUGAUAUCUGGGGAAAUGUGUUGUCCCAAGACAGUAGCAGAUACUGAGGAUUUUCAAUUUGACAUAGAUAAUGAAGAUAGUGUCUUUGGGCUUACCCCGAAAGCUACAUCUGAGGACUUCAUGGGAGGACCAUUCCAUUUUGGAGUUGGUGGUGCUAAUGGUCAUAUUCCCCUUUCAAAACUAGACGAAAGCAUUGAGGAAGAGGAAAGUGACACAGAAAAGAAGGAAAAGGAAUUCAUUGGCAUGACAGCCCUAGAAAGGAAACCCAAUAUUUCAAAGCUAUCCAUGUCGCUCAAGAAUACUAGUUUAGGUGAGAAGAAUCUCAAGUUCCUGAAAUUUUCGGAACCAAAGCCUGAAUUUGACUAUCUUGCUAGUUCAUUUUCUGGCCACAGGAGCGCAAAUGAGCAGGUUCCUUCUAGUGUAAGCUUUCUGAAGUUAUCAGACAUGAAUGAGCAAGAAUGGGCUCUGUUUCUGGAGAAGUUCCAAGAGCUGCUAUACUCGUCAUUUGUCAAGCAGAAGACUGCGACCCUUGGUCAGAAGCAGAGACAGAGGCUUGGGACUUCUUGCCGGUUUUGA